GUCCGAACCUCCGACCUUUCCAAAUAUUUGGGCGGAUAAGACGGAUGGACUGGCGUUUCGCAAGAGCCCACGCUUUCACUGGUGCAUCCCAAUGAUAUGGGCUGUUCUGAUAUUCAAUACCAAUGGAAAGCCGAGACUCAUGAAGUUUUUUGAGAAGACUGACGAGACUUACGAGCAGGAAUUUCUGGCAGAAACCUUCCGUAAAUUGACUAGACGCUCCUGCGAUUCCUGCAACUUUCUAGAGAUCAAAAAUAACAAAAAAUGUUCUCGGCUUAUUUAUCGACAAUACGCCACAAUUUACGUGGUUUUUUGUGUUGAUGCUGCUGAAAGCGAAUUGGGGAUUUUGGAUCUUAUUCAAGUUUUUGUGGAUCUACUGGACAAAACAUUUGAGAACGUCUGCGAGCUCGAUAUAAUUUUUAACUCAGAUAAGGUAAAUUUUCUGAUGUUUUCUGAGUUUGAAUUAUGCGGUAUACUUACCAAACAGUCAUUCGGUACCAUUGUGGUGCACUACCUCCUGAAUGAGUUAAUAUGUGGUGGAAUAGUUCUCGAAACAAAUGUUAGUGAGAUCCUUAAGCGCAUUGAGGAGCAGGAGGCGUUGAACCAGUUGAGUUUUGGACGUGGGGGACCAGUAAGCGACCACCAGCUCGCUCUGCAGUCUAAGCCUACCAGCUCCUUGCCCGCAAUGGUUUCUAGUACCUCCACUCGACUGCGUUCACACAUCCGUUCGUCCGGACGUUCGGUGUUAUCUUCCUCCACGGCUGUCGCUUCUGCUGCCGUUGCCACUUUUACGGACGCUUGGAAGAGAACAUCCCUGUCUUCGUCCGGUGUCUUUGACACUUCUGGUUUUCAUGACAUCAACGGCACUAGUAAGGAGUCCCGAUUGACUAAUUCUACUGAAAAAAGUGUCGAUGAAUCAAGGAAGCUUUACUUGUAA